AUGGAUGAAGAUAAAAAUGAUUAUAAUCCAGAAGAAGAAGUCACCACAGGAAACUGGAACACACCAAAAGUUGAAUUAAAAGAAGUUGAAAUAAAAACCGGAGAAGAAGAUGAAAGUUUAUUUUGGUCAGGCAGAUCAAAAUUGUAUAGAUGGGUCAAUGGAGAAUGGAAAGAAAGAGGAUUAGGUGAAUCAAAACUAUUAUUACAUAAGAAAAAAGGGACUAUAAGAUUUUUAUUAAGGCAAGAGAAAACUUUAAAAGUUGUUGCUAAUCACUAUAUUUAUCCAAAUGAAUCAUACUGUAAGCUUGUGCCAAAUGCAGGAAGUGAAAAAAUUUAUGCCUGGACAGUUAAAGAUUUUGCAGAAGAACCAAAAAUCGAGCAAUUUGCCUUGAAAUUUAAUAGUGCUGAAGCAGCAAAAGUAUUCAAAGAAAAAUUUGAUGAAGCUGGUAGAAUUAAUAUUAAACUUCUUAAUAAUAAAGAAAAUGAAGAAGUAAAUGAGAAAGGAGAAAAGGAAGAAGCAAAUAAAAAUGAUGAUGUUACUAAAGAAAAAGAAAAAACAAAUAAUACUAAAGGAGAUAUGGAAGAAAAAAACAAAGAAGAAGAAGAUAAUGAAAAUAAAAAAGAAGAAAAACAUGAAAUAAAAAAUGAAGAAAAAAAAGAAGAGAAAGAAAAUAUAGAUACGGAAAAUAAAGAAAAAAAGGAAAAAGAAGAAAAAGAGGAAAAAGAAGAGAAAAAUGAAGAAAAAGAUAAUGAUUGCAAAGAUAAAGUAAAAAGUAUCGAAAAAAAUGAAGAUAAAAAAGAAGAAAAGAACAAAGAAAGUUCAGAAAAUGAACAAAAAGAAAAUAAUAAAGAAAACAUAAAAAGAGAAAAUUGA